CAGCAGAGGUAGGGGAUGGGGGCGGAGUCUCUCCCUCAGAGCGCCUGCCUUCAUGUGUUUUCCUCGCUCAGCCCUCCCCUAUCCAUCCCCCCCCCACCCCCACCGCCGCUGCCCCUCUCUCCUGCUCCUCCUCCGCCCCUGAGUGUGGAGCAGCAGCAGCGGUGGAAGCCUCACUGCCUCUCCUCGCCUCAGCAGUGCGGGAACCACAGCAGCAGGGAGAGCAGAAUGGAUACGGAAGGGAGCCAGAGCAGCCUGUCGUCCGGCACGGAUAACUCCCCCCACGACCCCUGCAAAAUGUUCAUCGGGGGUCUGAGUUGGCAGACAACACAAGAGGGCUUGAGGGAAUACUUCUGCAAAUUUGGCGAGGUGAAGGAGUGCAUGGUGAUGCGGGAUCCCGUUACCAAGCGGUCGAGGGGCUUUGGCUUCGUUACAUACGCGGAUCAGGCCGGCGUGGAAAAGGUUUUGGCGCAAAACAGACAUGAAUUGGAUUCUAAAACGAUCGACCCAAAGGUGGCCUUUCCUCGCAGGGCUCAGCCUAAGCUUGUCACCCGAACAAAGAAGAUCUUUGUUGGAGGGCUUUCGGUCAACACAACCAUCGAGGAUGUAAAGCAAUACUUCGAUCAGUUUGGGAAGGUUGACGAUGCCAUGCUAAUGUUCGACAAAACGACCAACAGACAUAGAGGUUUUGGCUUUGUCACUUUUGAGAAUGAAGACGUGGUCGAGAAAGUUUGUGAGAUCCAUUUCCAUGAGAUCAACAACAAAAUGGUGGAGUGUAAGAAAGCCCAGCCCAAAGAAGUGAUGACACCAACAGGCUCUGCUAGGGGACGCUCCAGAGUGAUGCCUUAUGGGAUGGAUACAUUCAUGUUGGGCAUUGGCAUGUUAGGCUAUCCAGGUUUCCAGACUACUACCUACACCAGCCGCAGUUACUCUGGAUUAGCACCUGGAUACACUUACCAGUUUCCAGAAUUCCACUUAGAGCGGACCCCCCUUCUGACAUCAUCCCACCCCCCUGAGCUGGCAGCCAUUCCACUCACUGCAUACGGUCCAAUGGCAGCAGCUGCAGCAGCAGUAGUCAGAGGCUCCACCCCAUCACGCACAGCUGGCUUCCUGGGCACCAGCAGCCCCGGACCAAUGGCUGACCUGUACGCCGCAGCCAACCAAGACUCAGGAGUCAGCACCUACAUCAGUGCCGCCAGCCCCGCCCCCAGCACAGGGUUCGGACAUGGUCUAGGGGGUCCUCUGAUUGCCACUGCGUUCACUAAUGGCUACCACUGAAGAGGCUCAGGUCACAGAGGAUCGGAGGGCUCCUCCUCUGUCUGCUGUUGUGCUAAUCAGAAUGCUGACUGCCCUUUGACGGCACAAUCUGAUUGGCUGGCCGCGGGCUCUCCUGGCACCACGUGGCUCCACCCACCGACUGAAGAUCUUUUUAAAACCAGAACCCUUGUUUCUCUGUACUAAUCUCACUUCGACGUAACGUCCCCGGUUCUUCUAGUUUUUUUUUUUCUUUUCUUUUGUACUCAUGUCCUCAAACUAGUCCCUCGACAACCCCGACAUCCUUCCUCGGUCAUCCUUUUGUUUCCUCUAUUGAGGCUGAGAGGAGAAAACUGCAGGAAAAUUGUAUGAAAAGCCGUCGGAGGAAGAGGACGAACUGUUUUGAAAUGUUUUUUUUUUUCUAAAUGAUUUUAUUAUAAUGUGAUGUGUUAUUUUAUCAUGAAAUCUUUCAAAGCUGUUACUGAUGUGGUAAAAACAAACAAAAUAUGUGAGGUGGGGGCAUUUUUAACAAAGGAAGAACAAACCCAACAAAAGUCCUUUUUUACGCUGCAACUGUCACUGAAAACAGAAGAAGAAAAAAUGUAUAUUUUGGUAGUCUUUAAAAACAAAAAACCUUUGUAAUAUUGUUAUUAAUAUUGACAUAAUAAUGAUAAUCUGUAAGGUAUUUUAUUCUUUAAUUGGUUUUAAAGCAAUGUUUUUAUGUCUUCCUGUAAGAUAUUGUAUAUAAAGGUGGGGUGGGAUGGAGGGGAUUCUCAUUGGUUGGUUUUUGACUGGAUGUCAUAUGCUACUGUCUCCAAGCAUCUCACUACUUUAACAGUAUGCAUAUGGUUAGAUGUGCACACUGUGGGCCAGUCCGCUUUUGUGUCACUUCCGUGCAUUGCUGAAACGUGCAUUUUAGGAGUUUGUCAGGUGAAAUAUGCUCCAAUAAUCGACCAAAUCUUAUUUUUUCCUUCACUUUAAGAGUGAGCGUUUGACUCUUGAAUGACCAUGCAACUGAAGUUAAACAAAGUGGACUUAUGGAAGAAAAAUUAGCUUAAAAUGAGAAGAUGAAACAUGAAUACAUUUCCAGGAUCUUCUGUGGCCUAUUUUCUCUGUAUAUAACAAUCAAUUUGCUUUUUUUCUUUUUUUUUUUUUUUUUUGCUAUACCUCCUGCAAAAUGCUAGAAGGACUCGGUGUAAGGAUGAAUGCUAACAAAGAAGGAGAAAAUCCGUUUGAAUCGUUUGCUUUCUAGCUGACAUAUUUAUCCAUUUUACUCAAAAGUCAUCCCCUUUUUAAUUGCUUUACUCCUUCAGAAUUGCCAGCUGGACUUCUGCAUCUUCAUGUAGCACAUUUGAGAAAAAAAUAGAUCAGUUGUCAACUUCAACUUAUGGAGGACAAACUAUCUUAAAGCUGUGGAAGAUUAUUUAGUACAAUUUAAGGAGCUUUUUAGGCUUAUUUGGACAUUUGAUAAAGUCAUCCUUUUUUAUUAUUACUUCCUUAAAAAUGCUACUUUAACUCUUACAUCUUCAUGCUGCCCAUUUCAGAUAAACACCACAGACUAGUGUUGUAGUCAAGUCAGCUACACCAACCGAGACCAAGGAGUACCGAGACAAGGCCAAGACCUUUAGAGACCAAGACCAUAUAAGGUCUUGGUCUCUAAAGGUCUAAGCCUUUUCUCCGUCUUUGUUGUUGUGGUCUUCACUGCAAGACUCUUCUAACAACCUUAAACCAGAAAUGAGGGAUUUGGGUAUUGCUUGACUUCCUCUUUUUUUUGAAAAUAUUAUAUAUAUAUAUAUAUAUUUUUUUUUUGAGCGGUUCUCUUAAUGUUUCUGUUUUAUUGUUCUCUUAUUAAAAUAAAUGAUUCUUUUAUGCGGUGCUGUCCACCGUGAAGACAAAUGAAGGACUCUCAGAGAACGCCGUUGUGAAAAAAAGAUGAGAAAAAAAAUCACAAUCCUGUUCUGUCCUCUUAUCACUGUUCGAAGGUGCAUGUGGCUGCGUCUGAGCGUGUGUGAGUCCGUGUUUGUGCGCAUACAUCCAGAGUGUAAUAUGGAACUACUUCUGGCAGCGGAGGAUCAUUUUAAUUGCCUUUUUUCUUUGGUACUAAAAAAAAAAAAAAAAGAACACCCUGUUUCAUUUGUGGUUGGCCUCCAUUUCUCGCCCAACCUUCUCCCAAAUAUGUGCUUCUCUGAAACCAACAAAUUAAUUUUAAUGUUUCUGCUCCAUGUGGAGGUGGAAAGGCGGAGGCAUGGCAGGGAAUCAGAAAUGAAACAGGGUGACGUUCCCAGUCGGUUCUGAUACAGGGGUUCACUAUGAGACGCCGCUGGCUGGCAGGAGAAGCAGGAAGAGUUUUGCAAAAACAAAAAACAAGUUGCCUGCCUGUUUAGCCUCUUCUCUGCCACAGGAAGCCAGCAGUUCAUCUGUCAGACAGGCUGGGACAUGGUUUUAAAAAAAUAAAUAGAAACUACUGCUGGACACCAACACUGUAACUUUUUAAACGUACAAUAAAGCAAUAAGUUAUUUUUUACCUUACAAAUGAAAAUAGUACUAUUAUUGGUAAUAGCAGACAAGAAGUGGGAAAUUCUGCGGCAUUAAGACUUAUUUUCUGGGAAGAAAAGAACUAUAUUUUUCUGUUUUGAGAUGUUUUUUCCCCCUUGUAUGUUGCUUUUACAGAUGCCUUUUUGUUUUGGUGAUGUAUGGAAAUAGGCCAAUAUUUGGAGUGGAGCUCCAUGUGGGCUCGGGUAAAGAUUCUGACUGUCCCUCGCCAAGCUUUCCUUUUUUAUUUUUGUUUUCUGAAUAUUUCAAUUUGAAGUUCCUAAUAAAUUAUUCUAAAGCA